AUGAAUUUAAUCGCUAUCUUAAUUUUGCUAUUAGCAGUUUCGAAUAUUGCAACAUGUAAAUUCAUUUGUGGAAAUCCUGAUCCGAUUCCCUUGCAACAUACAAUAGAACUUCAACAGGAUAACACUGUGAAAAGAAAUGCUCAACCCUCAGCCUUGAAGUUUUACGUAACUUACCUUAGUGGCUUUUACAGCUUAUAUGAGCAUCAUAAAAUCAAGACACUAGUUGAGAAUGCAACAAGAGUCUGGGAAAAAGCAUUGACAGUCAAGAAGCCAGGAACUGGGAAGCAAUUAGUAAAAAGAUACUGUAGCAACGGUAUAUACUACACAGUUAAAGAAAACAACUCCUUAUACUGUGUAAGAGGAAGAUGUAAUAGCAAGGCUUUUUGUGGUCCCCUAGAAGUUCCAGAUGAAUAUUCAGCUGAAUGUUUUGAACAAUACAAUAACGUUUUGUACCGAUACUAUCAUAAUGGAACUGGUAUACCAGGAAACGGUUAUGUACUAAUCGUUGAUGCAGCCCAAAGAGGACCAUGUUCAGGUUCAGGUCCAGCAGCAUACGCUGGACCAUGUCAUAUGGAUCCUGUAACUGAUAGGCCAAAUGUUGGAUAUGUGAACUUAUGUCCAAGUCAGAUGGAUGUAACAUAUCCAGGUGUUAAGAGUUUGGCAGGAGUUAUAAUCCAUGAGAUCGGUCAUGCACUGGGAUUUCUAUCCAGUAGUUUUCCAUUUAUGCGUGAUCAAAAAGGGAAUCCUAGGACAAAAAGAGGUGCUGAUAAAAUGCCAAUAUAUAAGGACAGCAAGGGAAAUUAUCUUUCAAGUAACAAUACAGUCAGAAUGAUCACAAGAAGUUGGCAGAGUGCUGUAGGACACUUUUCAAGAACGCCUGGAUCGUUUGUUACUCCUAAAGUCUUGGCUUUUGCCAAGAAAUAUUUUGCCUGUCCAAAUUUAGAUGGGGUUGAUUUAGAAAACUAUAAUGUAAUAGGGCCAGUUGGGUCUCACUGGGAAGCAAGACUAUUUCAAAAUGAGGUAUUGUCACCAGUAGUACUGAUAGACUUUUCUGUUUCCCUACUUACUUUGUCUUACUUUGACGAUUCGGGGAGAAAAUCAUUCAAACCUUUCUGUGAUGAUAAUCGCCAAGCAACGUGUAAAGAUACUCGCUCUUAUGGAGUUUGCCACAUAUAUACAUAUCCCAGUGGUGUACCCCAAGAAGAUCAGUUUUUCAAAACUCCACCAUAUCCUUCUCACUACAGUGCUGCUUAUUUCGGAGGUGAUGAUCCGCACAGAGAUUUCUGUCCAACACAAACGUAUGUAAGUGGCCUGGGCGAUUAUCCAGCAACUUCUUACUGCACCCACACAGAAAAUAUACAAAGAUCACAGACAGGGACUAACUACUACCUACAAACCUACGGCAAGAAUGCUAUCUGCGUGAAUCAUCGUGGAACAUGGAUCUAUAGUACCCACUACAACACAACUUUAACUGAUUAUCUGCAGGGAAGUUGUCAUCAAUAUGAAUGUACACGUGAGAAAAAUCUCAAUGUUUAUUUUAAGAGUGCCAAAGUGUUAUGUCGAAGAAGCGGGGAAACUAAAUUCAAUGUACAAGAUGGAAAUGUUAAACUUACUGGAGCAAUAUUAUGUCCAAAUCCAAGGCUGUUUUGCAAGGUGAAUAUAAUGAGUGCAUAUAUGUUUUGUUUUUUUAAAAAUUUCUCUGUGUCGUAA